AUGAAGAUUUUAGCUGUAUGUACUUUGGCAAUUGUUUGCCUGGUGCAAUUUUCCCAAGCUGGGAACAUCAGAAAUAGCGAUUUGGCUAAAAGGGCAGAAUUGCAAAGGGCUCUUUUAAAUGUAGGACCAAGAAAGACAGUGCCUGAAAUCAUCGAAAAACACGGUUAUCCAUCAGAAAAACACAGUGUUCAAACUGCUGAUGGAUAUAUAUUGGAAGUACAUAGAGUUCCUCAUGCCAGAGGAAGACCCAAUAGUGUCACCAAAGGAGUUGCAUUCCUUCAACAUGGACUUUUCUCCAGUUCUGCUGAUUUCUUAGUCAGUGGAGAUAAAUCCUUAGGGUUCUAUUUGUCGGAACUUGGUUACGAUGUUUGGUUGGGCAACGCCAGAGGAAACACCAAUUCUAAGAACCAUAUCUCAUUGAGUCCUGCUCAAUCAGCAUUCUGGCAAUUCAGUUGGCACGAAAUGGGAAAUUUCGAUGUAACUGCCAUGAUCGACUACAUCCUUGCAGUAACUGGUGAAGAAAAAUUACACAUCAUUGGUCAUUCCCAAGGAUGUACUGACUUCGUAGUAAUGGCUACAGAACGACCAGAAUACAACGCCAAAAUAAAAUCCUUCCAGGCUUUGGCACCACCAAUUUUCAUGAAACAUCAGCCAAAUAUCCUUCUGCAAAUUAUUGCCAGAUUUGAAACUCAAUUAGGGUGGGUUGCUUCAGCAAUUGGUUUGAAUGAAUUUUUGCCUUCCAUGGGAAUUAUUGAAGAAAUUGGCAAAGUCUUCUGCCAAGAUGAUGAUUGGACUCAGGGAAUUUUGUGCAAUAAUAUCUAUUUCAUGAUUGCUGGCUACAAUCCUGAUCAAUUAAAUGCAACUUUGAUUCCUGAAAUUUUGGAAAAUGUUCCAGCUGGUGCAUCUACAAAACAACUGCUCCAUUUUGCACAAUUGAUAACAUCAGCAAACUUCCAAAAAUACAACUAUGGAUGGUUCAAAAAUAAUAAGAUUUAUGGACAAGCUUUUCCACCAAAAUACGAUUUGAAGAAACUUACUGCGCCAACUUAUUUGUAUUAUUCUGAUAAGGACAACAUGGUGUCUGCUAGGGAUGUUGAAUAUUUGGCAGACCAGUUGCCAAAUAUAAAAGGUUUGCUGAAAAUUGCAGACAAACGUUGGGGUCAUAUUGACUACUUGAUGGGAAUCGAUGCAAUUGAAUAUGUUUAUAGUCAUGUUGCCAAAAAUAUGGAAAAAAGUUAA